UUUGUUUCAUACUAAUAAAAACAAAAUUAAAUGACAACUCGUCAAUAAAACUAGUUAAUUGGAUCUGGAGCAGACUUACAACUAUUUGCUCCUUCAUAUUUGUGAUUUAGAAGAUGCUGCUUAUGUUAAGUGGGCAAAAGUAAUUAAUUAAUUAAUUAAUUACUUCACCAAUUUUCCUUUGAAGAACUCAUCAAGUGUCUGCGGAAUCGUAACAUCAUAGUCUGCAUCUGCCACCGAUAGUAACAAGAGAGGGAGAGAGAGAAGUAAAAUAUGACAGAAGUAGAGGUGAGUAAUUUGGUGGAGAAGCUGAUCGAGUUGGGCCGUGAAAUUGAGCUGAACAAUGAGGAAGCAAAACAUGUGUUUGAUCUGAUGAAAAGCUUUCAAAAAUGGAAGGUAAAUCUAGAAAAUGCUUCCCAGCUCGACAAGAGCACGCAAGAUUGGGAGGAGAAAAUGAAAGACAUCAGAAGUGUGGUUUACAAAGCACAAGACACGAUUGACCAAAUCCUGGUCGAGGCCAAUCAGCAACAACUUAAACACCAGGCAACUACUAUACGGGCUGCAGGUUUCUGCCCCUGCUUUAAUGAUAGCACUAAUGGUACAACAGUGAGUCGGUCCACCAAUAGAGGUACUUCGGCCUACAGGCUGUCUAGUAACGAGUCUAGAGUGAUCAAGUCCAUCAGAGAUAGUGUCGUGGAACUCAAACCUACGAAAAAGAUCAUUGUGCCGGCUACCCAAGUGAGCCGUAGUCCACCUAAAACAACUCAUCAGCCGGAAAAGAAAAAUCCCAGCUCGGAAGAGGAUGACAGUUUUGGCUUUGAAGAGGAGGCAAGUACUGUGAUCAAUAGGCUCAUUGGAGGACCAAAGAAUAUUGAGACCGUCCCAAUUAUUGGUAUGCUUGGCAUUGGCAAAUCAACGUUGGCGAGAAAGGUUUCUAAGGAUCCAAGAAUUGUAAACGAAUUUCCCAAUUGCAUUUGGGUUGAUGUCUCUCAAACAUAUAAUACAAAGGAGAUUUUGCUCAAAAUUCUUGGGGAUCUUAAAAAGGAACUUGACAGUACAAAGACCGAGGGCCAAUUAGCUAAUGAAAUUCGUAUGUCUUUGGAUAAUGGACGGUGUUUAAUCAUUUUGGAUGAUGUGUGGAACCAAAACAUUGUGUCCUUCUUUUUCGAAUCCAUUGUCCCCCGAAACUACAAUAGCCACAGAAUCAUGAUAACUACUCGGGAUGAAGAUGUGGCUACGCAUAGAAAUGUUCAUAAGCUAAACAUUCUGGACAAGGAUCGCAGUUGGCUUUUACUCGAAAAGAAGGUUAUCAAAAAAGGAAGUUGCCCAAGACCUGAUUUUGAAGAACCAGGAAGAGCCAUAGCUGAAAAAUGUGGUGGAUUACCUUUUUCUAUAGAGGUAAUUGCAGAAGACUUGGCAAAAAAGAAAGCAAAAUGGGAAUGGGAUAAGGUGAUACAGGACAACAUAGGAGAAAGCCUUAUAAAGAGAGAAGACUUGUUGAAAUCGGUGAAGAAGAGUUACGAUAUGUUAUCUUGUCGUGCCAAGGCAUGCUUCCUGUAUUGUGCUACUUUCCCAAAGGACCAUGACAUCUCUGCAUGGAAAUUGAUCCGCUUGUGGAUCGCAGAAGGAUUCGUAGAGCAUGACAAGAAUUUAACCCCGGAGAAGCAAGCAGAAAAUUACUUGAAUGAUCUUACUAAGAAGAACUUAGUGAUGAUAAAGGCGCGUACAUGUGAUGGUAGAAUUAAAAAGUGUCGUAUUCACAACUUGUUGUAUGAGUUUUGCAAGAAGGAAGCAAGUAAAGAAGACCUCUUCCAUGAAUUCACGAAAGCACAUCCUGACAAUUCUGCUGAGGCAAUACAAGGUUCAAACAUCUCUCGACGUCUUUCCAUUGGUUCUUCUUCUCUGUACAGCAUUCUCUCCUCAUUUUCUAAAGAACAACGAAUGGAGAAUGUCAGGUCCUUCUUAUGUUUUGGCCCAAAACCAAUAGAGAUGCCUGGGCAAAUCCCAAAAGCCAUUCAAGAAGCCUUGCCGCUUGUCAAAGUCCUCGAUGUGGAAUCGAUACCAUUUAACUUCCCCGUGGAUUUCCACCAGCUAUUGCAUUUGAGAUAUGUUUCUUUCUCAGGGAAUAUCAAGGCGCCUCCACAACACUAUGGUAUGUUUUGGUACUUAGAAACUCUUAUUAUUAACACAAGUACUAGUCACGACUAUACUACAUCACCACUUGAAGUAGAUAUAUGGAGUAUGUUAAGAUUGAGGCAUCUGCACACAAAAGUCCCAGCUAAAUUGCCUUCUCCCAGUGAUAAAACAAGCAACACAUGUCACAUACAAACACUCUCAGCCAUUGCUCCGCAAUGUUGUACAAAGGAAGUGUUGGCCAGGGCAGUCAAUCUGGGAAAAUUAGGCAUUCGGGGUGAUGUUGUUUCACUUCUUAGUACCAACACUAGCAGAUUGAGUGAACUUGAAAUGUUGGAGCAGUUGGAAAGUCUUAAGAUUGUGAGUGAAUUUCAGUACGCUGGUAACACCAUCCUUCGUUCAGUACUUCCCAAGACCUUGAGGAAGUUGACAUUCUCCGGUACCCAGUUAGACUGGAGUCACAUGUCUAUAUUAGCAAAGCUCGAGUUCCUUCGAGUCCUAAAGUUGAAAGAAAAUGCAUUCAAGGGACAACAUUGGGAGGCGGAAACUAAUAUCAGUUUCACAAGUCUCCAAGUCCUAUGGAUACAGAAGACAGACUUGAAAAUCUGGACAGCUCUGGAAAGCAACUUUCCCGUACUCAAACGGCUAGUUCUUAUAUCAUGUGAAGAACUCGUGGAACUACCUGAUAGCCUCGCUGCUAUAGACGAUCUUCAGUUCAUCAAACUCAAGGACACUCCCAAUGCAGUCGCAUCCGCAAAACAGAUAGUGGAGAAUAAGAGACAAGAUAUCAAGCUUACUGUAAUCCCACCUGAUCCUGAUAAUCUCGUUGACUGAAUAAGGGCCCUUUAAUAAAGAGGCCUCAAGCUUUUGGUGAAGUGAAGGAAGGUCUAUACUUGAUUCAAAUUAUUCCUAAAGAUUCUAGUGGGAACCAAGAAAUUUACAAGGAUUCUAAAGUCUUUUCUAACUUUAACAGUACUGUUUCUGGUCCCAGUUCAGUUUCACAUUGUUUUCCAGUCUGUUUUAAUGUUAAUUCUAAUGUAAGGUUAUGACAUAUAAGACUUGGGCAUUUGCCUUAUGACAUAUAAGACUUGGGCAUUUGCCUUAUUCAUCAAUGAAAAAUGUUCAUUUCCUUAUAAUUCCGUCUAAUUAUGAUUGUCAUUGUGAAAUCUGUCCUUUAGCUAGGCAAACUAGAUUACCUUUUCCUAUCAGUCAAGUCACUUCUCAAUCUAUUUUGAUUUGGUUCAUAUAGACACUUGGUGUCCAUACAAGUCACAUACUUAUAACAAUUAUAGGUAUUUCUUGACUAUAGUAAAUGGCUACAGCAGAGGAGCCUAGACAUACCUGCUAGCAACUAAGAGCUAUGUAUUUUCUAUUAUUCAAUGUUCCUUGAAAAUGACUGAAAGAUAAUUUCACAUAAGGGUAAAGAUUAAUAAUGCAAUGGUGUUGGGUAGGAGUACAGAGGCAUCAAAUUUUUUAACUUCUCAAUGAAUCAUACAUCAGACAUCCUGUGUUACUACUCCACAACAAAAUGGGGUAGCUGAAAGGAAACACAGACAUUUUCCUGAAAUUUCUAGGGCUUUUAUGUUUCAAUCUAGAGUUCCUAUGAUUUAUUGGGGGAGAGUGUAUACUCACUGCCACAUUUCUAAUCAACAGGCUGCCUUCCAAGGUUCUUAAAGGUAAAACUCCUUGUGAAAUUCUAUUUGGUAAAGCAUCUUCUUAUCAAUUAUUAAGAUGUUUUAGUUGCUUAUCCGUUGCUAACACUUUAUCUCAUGGAAGGAGUAAAUUUGAUCCUAGAGCCACUAGGCGUGUCUUUUUAGGAUACCCAAGUGAUCAAAAAGGGUACAAACUUCUUGACAUAACUUCUAGGAAAUUUUUUGUGUCAAGAGAUGUUCAAUUUAUAGAACAUGUGUUUCCUUUUGCUUUUGACCAUUCACAUAUCCCUAUUCCUACUUUUCCUAUCCACACAGAAAAAGACCAUUAUUUCACUCCAGCAUCUCUUGUUUCUUCUAACCCCGUUAAACCAAAUUCCAACUUACCACCUUCUAACCUUUCUGAACCAACACUUGAGCAUUCUAAUUCUUCUUCUCCAACCGUUACACCAUCUUUUACUUCAUAACAAUAUGUUUCACAACCCUUAACUCCUCCUAGAAGAUCUCAAAGGAGAAACAUUGGUGAACUACCUUCACAUCUCAAAGACUAUAUUUGCAACACUAGUUAUCUUAGUGAUAUGACUGAAUCUUGUUUUGCUACCUACUAAACCCAUAUGUCUAUCAAUUUCUACUCUUUCCACAGCCAACCAAGCUAUACUACAUUCUAUUCCCUCCAUCAUUGAACCCAACAACUACUCUCAGGCAUGUACACAUCUAGGUUGGGUGAAUGCAAUGCAUGAUGAGAUUGAUGCUUUAAAACUCAAUCAGAAUUGGGACGUUGUUCAUUUUCCACAAGGUAGAAAGGCAUUGCCUUGUAAGUGGGUCUAUAAAGUGAAAUAACAUGCGGAUGGAUCUCUUGAAAGGCUAAAGACAUGCUUAGUAAUCAGAGGUGAUAUUCAGCAAGAGGGGAUUGAUUUCAAUGAUACUUUUUCCCCAGAGGUCAAAAUGACCACCAUCAGAUGUUUGCUGGCAAUUGCAACCAAAAAGAAAUGGGAAAUCUCACAAUUUGAUGUGAAUAAUGCCUUCUUGCAAGGAACUUUUCAAGAAGAGGUCUAUAUGAAAUUCCGUGCAGGAAUAGAACCUCCUCAACCUAAUAUGUUUUGUCGACUUAAAAAGUCACUCUAUGGUUUAAAGCAAGCCUCAAUGCAAUUGUAUGUCAGGCUUGCCGGAGCCCUAAACUUCAUAGGUUAUAUAGCCUCCCUCAGUGAUUAUUCCUUAUUCUUUAAAUAAUUAGGAGGUCUCUAUCGUAGCUCUCUAUGUCGAUGAUAUUUUGAUUACAGGGGAUGCUACUGAUGAGAUACAUAACCUUAAGGAUUUUUUUCAUUCUGAGUUUAAAAUUUAGGAUCUCGGCUCACUACAUUACUUUUUGGGAAUGGAAAUUCUACGGGAAGAAGAGGGAAUCAUAAUGAGUCAACGAAAAUAUACCUUAGAUUUAAUCAAUGAAUUCGAUGUUUCACACCUUCCUCCAACUUCUUCUCUGUUAGAUCCUUCAGUUAAGUUCUCUGCCUAUUCAGAAAAUCACAUGUCAGAUCCUACACUUUCCAGGCAUCUCAUUAGUAAGCUCAAUUAUUUGACUCAUACUAAACCAGAUCUGUGUUUUGCUGUUUUGACUCUCAGUUAAUUUAUGCAACCUCCUAGCAUCGAACAUUUCAAAGAAGGAUUGCGAGUCGUAAGUUACUUGAAAGCAUAUCUGAAUCAUGGCAUCUUUCUCAAUGUUUCACCCUCCUUCUCUCUCGCUGCUUAUUGCGAUGCAGACUGGGCCGUACUACGCGAAGGUCAGUCAGUAGAUCUUUUAUAAGCUUGGGAGGUUCACCAGUCUCCUGGAAAUCAAAUAAACAAUCUUCCAUUUCUCUUUCUUCCAUUUCUCUUUCAUCUGCAGAGGCUGAAUAUCGAUCAAUGAGGAGAUUAAUUGCGGAAUUGACCUGAAUGACAAGAUUGCUUACCGAUCUAUCCAUUCUUCCCCCUCUUUCUGUUCCAGUUUACUCCAACAGUCAAGCAGCCCUACAUAUAGCUCGAAAUCCGAUUUUUCAUGAGCGAACAAAGCACAUUGAGAUUGACUGUCACUUAGUUCGUUAACAAUAUCUCUCAGGCUUGAUAUAUCUUUCCUUUGUUCCAUCUAAGGACAAAUUCGUCGACAUUUUCACCAAAUCCCUUCCCAGACCUCCUCACCAUCAGAGUUUGUGCAAGUUGGGUGUCACUUCUUUCCCCUCCAACUUGAGGGGGAUGUUAGAAAUCACGAUGGUUAAUUUGGCUUAAUGUUUGGGACACAUAGAAGGCCCAACAGCUGAAUGUUUUCUUUGUUUUCUUUCAUUGAUUAGCUUAGAAUAGAAAGUUCUUUUAUUUUUGUAUAGCUUAUAAGAGUUUUAUUGUUUAGCUUUCCUUUAUUUUGAUUGUUUAGCCUAAAAGAGAAGGUUCCUUCCAUUCGAUUAGCUUGUAUAAAUAAAUGUGAUUGGCAAGGAAUAUACAGAGAAGAAAAUUUCCAAAUACUAUCUCUAGUUUUUACAUACUACUCCUUCCUUCCUAAUUUAUAUAGCAUUGUUUGACUGGACACAAAGUCUAUAAGUACUAUGUAAUACUUUUUUGAAUGAAUAAAGAAGAAAUAAGGUCUUUGCUC